CUUUAUGCCACUUUACCAGCUUUAGAAGUCUUGUUUAAUGAGAUUUUGUUUUUGUUUUUGUAUUGCUAAAAGCUUUUCCACACAAAAUGAAUAGCAUGGAGAACUUGGAGAAGCAGCUCACUUGUCCUAUAUGCCUGGAAAUGUUUACAAAACCUGUGGUUAUCCUGCCCUGCCAGCACAACCUCUGCAGAAAAUGUGCCAAUGAUGUUUUCCAGGCUUCGAAUCCAUACCUCCCAACAAGGGCUGGCUCUUUGACAUCUGGUGGCCGAUUCAGAUGCCCGUCUUGCAGACAUGAGGUGGUCCUGGACAGGCACGGGGUUUACGGGCUGCAAAGGAACCUGCUGGUUGAGAAUAUUAUUGACAUGUUCAAGCAGGAGUCCAGCAGCAGCAAGCCAACGCCGGAGAGCAUAGAAGAAACGCCCAUGUGUGAUGUUCAUGAGGAUGAAAAGAUCAACAUUUACUGCGUGACCCACAGCGUGCCCACAUGCUCCAUGUGUAAGGUAUUUGGAGCCCACAAAGACUGUGAGGUGGCACCUAUCACCAGCAUCUACCAGACAAAGAAGACGGAGCUGAGUGACGGGAUUGCCAUGAUGGUUGGUAACAACGACAGGAUGCAAGGCAUCAUUAGUCAGCUAGAGGAAGCCUGUCGUGCCAUAGAGGAGAAUGGUCGGAGGCAGAAGACUCUGGUGUGUGAGAAGUUUGACCACCUGUACUCCGUCUUGGAAGAGAAAAAAAGGGAGAUGAGUCAGAAGGUCACAGUUGAGCAACAGGAGAAGGUGAAUUAUAUCCGGGGCCUGACCAAGAAGUACGGAGACCAUCUAGAGGAGAGCUGUAAGAUUGUGGAGAUGGGGAUACAAACCAUGGAGGAGCAAGAGAUGGCUGUAUUUCUGCAGAGCACAAAGGAUAUCCUCAAAAAGAUUUCAGAAGCCUCCAGUACAGCACAUUUGGAUAAAAUUGAGCGUGGGUAUGAGAACAUGGAUCAUUACAGCGUCGACUUCAAGGAAGAGGGCAAGGCCCUGCGCACCAUCGACUUCAUCCAAGAUGAUGAAGAUGAGGAUGAUGAGGAUGAGGACGGAGAGGCAGGCACUGAGGAAGGAGAGGGGGCCCAGACUACUUCAGGUGGAGAUGCUGUUACAGACGCCUCGGUUCAACCUUCUGCUGCCCCGCAGAUGACCUCCUCAUCUCCCAGUGCAGCCAAAAGUGCUGCUUGAACCUAGCCGCUAGCCAACACAACACCUAAACCAGGAGCAUGAUAAGUGUUGCUCCUAGAUAUUGAUUUCAGGUCAGUGUGAUACUUUUCCUCCCAGAUUGGGGCACCGUGAGACAGAAUCAGAUCUGUGCCGACAAGGAAAGUCUAAGUUGCUGAGUUAGAUCUAAAAGAAAAUGCAGAAGUUUCAAUUCACUUCUCACUCUUUUAUUGUGAUUUUGUUAGGACGCAUCACUGCACACUAACUGGUUACGUGUUGUUUUUUGUUUGUUUUUUGACUAAAUAUAUGUUUCGCUUCUUCCUUGAAUUAUUUUUUAGACAUACUGAAUGAGAGACAGGCUGUGUCUAUUGUUCUCUCCUGAAUUUUUAUACAGCUGACCUUUCACUGUUUAAACUACAUCAUUAGAGAUCAAGACAAGAGGGCCUCAGGUUUUCCUCACUGUCAUAUACUUUUUAUGGCUGAUAUAACUUUAUGAGUAGUAGCAGAGGAAAACAAUUGGCACUGUGACAUUUGAGUGUUUCAUACAACACCCUGUAUUAUGUGUCAUAUUCUUUGUUGUGUAACACAGUUAUAUUUUCCUAUAAUGAGCAAAACAUCACAUUUUGCCAUAUUUUAUGUGUCAUUAAAACUGAAUUGU